AAGGGCAAAUGGACUUUGGAGUUAAGAUGCAGGGGGGUGAGCCCGUGUCAACCAUGAAAGUCUCGGAGAGCGAAGGAAAGCUGGAGGGCCUGGCCACAGCGGUGACCCCGAACAAGAACAGCAGCAACAGCAGCUGUGGGGGUGGCCUUAGCAGCAGCAGCAGCAGCAGCAGCCGCGGAGGCAGCGCGAAAGGCUGGCAGUACAGUGAUCACAUGGAAAAUGUAUACGGCUACUUAAUGAAGUACACCAACCUUGUCACUGGGUGGCAAUACAGGUUUUUUGUUUUAAACAAUGAAGCUGGUUUAUUGGAAUACUUUGUGACUGAACAGUCUAGAAAUCAAAAACCCAGAGGGACCUUGCAAUUGGCAGGAGCUGUCAUAUCACCCAGUGAUGAGGAUUCGCAUACUUUCACUGUAAAUGCUGCCAGUGGGGAACAGUAUAAACUCAGAGCCACCGAUGCUAAAGAGCGACAACAUUGGGUUAGCCGACUUCAGAUAUGUACACAACAUCACACCGAAGCUAUUGGAAAGAAUAAUCCUCCUCUGAAAUCACGGAGCUUCUCACUUGCACCUGGUGGUAAUUCUCCUAUAUCCCAGAGGAGACCAAGUCAAAAUGCCAUUACUUUUUUUAAUGUUGGACAUUCCAAACUACAAUCAGUGAGCAAAAGAGCUCAUUUACCUCCAGAUCAUCUUGUGGAAGUCAGAGAGAUGAUGUCUCAUGCUGAAGGACAACAAAGAGACUUAAUUAGACGAAUUGAAUGCCUUCCUGCUUCUGGCCAUCUUAGUUCUUUGGACCAGGAUCUCUUAAUGCUCAAAGCUACUUCCAUGGCAACUAUGAACUGCUUACAUGACUGCUUUCAUAUUCUACAAUUGCAGCACGCAUCACAUGAGAAGGGUUCAUUGCCUUCAGGAACGACAAUCGAAUGGUUAGAACCAAAGAUACCUUUAUCAAAUCACUAUAAAAAUGGAGCUGGCCAGCCUUUUGCAACUGAGCAGAGUAAACCAGUGGCAGUCCCAGAAGACCAGUGUGCUGCAGAAUCUGGACUAUUAACAAGGGAACCUGAAGAAAUAAAUGCAGAUGAUGAGGUGGAGGAUACUUGUGACAAUAAGGAGGAUGACCUGGGAGCUGUGGAAGAGCAACGCAGUGUUAUCCUCCAUCUCUUGUCACAGCUCAAGCUGGGCAUGGAUUUAACAAGAGUGGUGCUUCCUACAUUUAUCCUAGAGAAGCGUUCCUUGCUGGAAAUGUAUGCAGACUUUAUGUCUCAUCCAGACCUGUUUAUAGCCAUCACUAAUGGAGCCACAGCUGAGGACAGAAUGAUUCGUUUUGUUGAGUACUACCUUACCUCAUUUCACGAAGGCCGCAAGGGAGCCAUUGCUAAGAAGCCGUACAAUCCUAUCAUUGGAGAAACAUUUCACUGUUCCUGGAGGGUGCCAAAAAGUGAUGCAGCAUCCAGUGUUACUAGCAACUCUUCCAUCCAGGCAGUCACAAAUCAUGCUCCUCUAUCAGAGGAGGCUUUGAGCCAGGUGGGACCAGACUGUUACACAGUCAGAUUUGUUGCUGAACAGGUUUCCCAUCAUCCUCCAGUCUCAGGAUUUUAUGCAGAAUGUGCAGAGAAGAAGAUGUGUGUAAAUGCGCAUGUCUGGACUAAGAGCAAAUUUUUAGGCAUGUCGAUAGGCGUGACAAUGGUUGGGGAAGGUAUCCUCAGUCUGUUGGAGCAUGGAGAAGAGUAUACAUUUUCUCUACCUUGUGCAUAUGCCCGGUCAAUUUUAACUGUUCCUUGGGUGGAACUGGGUGGCAAAGUCAGUGUCAACUGUGCAAAAACUGGGUAUUCGGCCAGCAUCACUUUUCAUACUAAGCCAUUUUAUGGUGGCAAACUUCACCGGGUUACAGGUGAAGUAAAGCACAACAUCACCAACACUGUGGUAUGCAAAGUGCAGGGGGAAUGGAAUAGUGUUCUUGAGUUCACUUACAGCAAUGGAGAGACAAAGAAUGUGGACUUGACUAAAUUGGCAGUGACAAAGAAAAGAGUAAGACCUCUGGAGAAGCAGGACCCAUUUGAAUCCAGGUAUGUCAUCCAUGCGUCCAUCCAGCAAAGAAGAAAUGGUUCUUUAAUUUAUUCUUCUACUUGUUUUCAGGGAGAUGGCUGGGUUUAUCACAAACCCCUUUGGAAAAUAAUACCAACAACACAACCAGCAGAGUGACACACACUAAGACUCGACCAAAUGAAAUCCUUCUCUGUUUACCCUAACCCUCCCAGAAUGGAGUUGUUGCACUGAGUGACCUGCUUCCUGAUUGCAGACUGAAACUAGCUAAACAUGAAUGUACCUAUUAGGGCACCACAGGACUGCAGCGAGACCAAAGUGUUGAAGAAGCACUAUGGACCUCUCACCGACCUGUUCAUGUGAUGUGAGCAAUAUCAUCUUAAAACCUUUCACCUGACUUGUUAGAUGAUUAAUCUUUUAUCCAGUUCCUGCUCCUAAAGCUCAAUUUGAAUCCCCUAUUUUUGCAUCGGGGCAGCAGAUACCAGUGAGAACUCAAUGAUUUUGAUUUCUUUAUAGUGAAAAGUGAAGUCUGUUUCAGAGUCUGUGCUUUGCUUUCUGUCAGUAACUGAAGUAUUCACUACUCUUAUAAACAAACCAAGAGGAGGAGGAACACGACCCAGAAGUGGAUUCAGCCAUUGUGCCUGAAAUCAGUGUUAAAAAAAAAUCAACCAGGUUGUAGUGACAAGGCAUUCUAUCCCCUCAAAGAGACUGUGCCUGUGUCUGAGGAUCUUAUCCAUUAUCCACCUCUGUUGGAACUCUCUUUUAAAAAGCAUAUUUAUAAAUUGAUUCGAAUUAUAACCAUGGAGAAUUUUUUCUUCUGAGCAUUUUAAUAUACUUGAAAACAACAUUGACUUGAAAAAUUUAAGAACAUUUUUCAGUACCUAGUUUUAUUAAAUACUACACUUGAGAGACAAUUUUUUAAAAUGUGUUCAUGUCAAUAUGAUGAGAUUUUGGCCUUUCUCAAGAAGUGAGGCAUUAAAGAACAUAGCAAAUAUUAAAAAAUAAAACUGUUACCUUUUUCCUUACCGUUUUUUCACUUGUAGGUUAAUAUCCAGUAUUAUGUAUUAUCCCUCUGGAUAAGUAUGCUUGUCUUACCUCUGUUCACUCAAAAUUUAAAACAACUUCAUAUUUGUCAGUAAUUCAGAAGUUAUAUAUGACAGAGAGUGUGUACAGUAUGGUUUUAUUUUCUUUUCAAGGAAACGCAAAUACUGAAGAAAGAGUAGGAGAUAAAAAGAUACCAGGAAGUUGUAUUCAGGUACAAAUCUUUUUAAAAUUAGUAUUUUAUUUAGGUUGAAGAACUUCUGGCAACUAAAAGAAUAGUGCUAAUUAUGGCUUUCAUCAUUCAUUCAAGUAUUUAUUGAGUACCUACUUCUGGUGCUCAACACUUGUUACUGCAAGCUACCUUAAUUUUCCAAGAGUGGUGCCUUAUUCUGUUUCUUCUGAUGUGGUCUUCCAAUCAGUGUGUAUAACAUACCUGUUAUUCAUCAGCCAUUGCAGGUGGCUAUAUCGGUUAUAUCAUCAUAAGAAAUUUAAGCUUUGUGUUCUGAUAAUUGUGUUUUAUUGAAGGGGUUAAUAGGACGAAAACAGCAAAACAAUUUCUGCAACAAAUUGUAAAUUAUAAGAAAAUAAUUGGUUUAUGUACAACCAUUUUAAUGAUUCUGUUGUUCGUUUUUGCUGUGAAAUGCACUGAAAAAAUAUCAAAGUGAGUUAUAGUUCAUGUGUUGGGAAGAUUGAAAAAUAAUAAAACUAGAGGACAAUGA